AUGGCGGGUCCAGUUCAGUACACGCCGCCACCCUCACCUCCAUCGCCGACAGCAUCCUUCUAUGAUAUGAGCGAUGACGACGAGGAUGAGUACAACACCAUCGCCCACGCCAGCACCGGCAAAGGCGUGAAGCUGCUCUACUCCAAAAGCAAGGUGUAUGUUCACCCUUCGCCAUCUGCUAAAGACAAUAUUCCUGGCUUCAUCGCCCUCCUCCAGCAAAAGCCUGCCCCACCAAACCCCACCACAGCCGCGUCCUCAGAAUGCAACGAUUCAGCCUCAUACCUUCUCGCAUGGGUCCCGGAGUCUUCUUUAGGGGACGCAUAUAGCACAUACGUCCAGGUAGAUCUUGCUGACGGUGAUUCCCCACCCCGUCAGCGAUACCUCGUGCCCCCUCUUCCAACGACAACUACCCACAGAGAUCCGAUCGGGCUGUACUCCUUCGCUGUUCCAGUAUCCGAGAUCUACUCUCUCCUCGUGCGACCGCCGAGUCUGGGGUGGUGGUUUGGUAGUGUUGUCAUCAAUACACGCUCGGGUGACAGCUUCCCUGCACUGUUCUUCCACGACAGCGAGUGCGAGUCGACAAUACUUCAAAAGAAAAAGCGAGUCAAGGAUACAUUCGACCCCUUUGAUAGCGAGGGAGGUCUAUUCUGGGGAGGCGACGAAGUUCUUCGGUGGUUGCGGAGAUACGUGGAAGUUGAGCGCUCGUCCGUCGACCGGAAUGUGUAUUUGAUCAACCCUUCUGCGGAAGAUCAGCUAUCAUUUGGACGGGCGACCAUGCCUGCUGAUGGGUCAGUGUCCAAGGCACAGCCCGAAGUUCCAUCCGCCGGCCCUAGUGGAGUCCCACAGCGAGAUGCGACCAUGGAUCCCUUCAUGAAGACUCUCAAGGAGACACGUUGGAAAGUACUGGAAUCCCUGAGCAAGAUUACAACCUUUACACGGCGAACAGCCAAUGACAUUGCUUCCAAUCCGGGCAUUCCCCAGCAAGUGCGACGGUUGAUUCAGAAUCCAGAGAUUCAGACAUUACAGGAUGAAUUCGAUAGUGCCCGGCUUUACCUUGCUAGGUGGGCUAUGAGCAUUGCUGAGCAGAGCGAGAGAGAGCGGCAACAGCGCAUCUGGACUGCUCAGGAUGUAUUGGAGUCUGAGAAUAGCUCUGUUGGGGACUUCGAGAUCCUUGAGCUCGAAACUGGAAACCUGGCCCUACAAGAGCGACGCAAGAUUCUUACUCUUCCAGAGUGGAAAGGUUUCUUUGACCCCACCUCCGGAAGAUUGCAUGUCACAGCCGAAGAAGUGAAAGAGCGCAUCUUCCAUGGUGGCCUUGACCCGAACGAUGGGGCCCGGAAAGAAGCUUGGCUCUUCCUUCUUGGCGUGUAUCCAUGGGACAGCAGCCAUGAAGAACGCCAAGCGAUUAUGAAUUCCAAACGCGACGAGUACAUCCGAUUGAAGUCUGGAUGGUGGGAGCGCAUGGUCGAGGGUAACUCGACUACGGAUGAAUAUGAUCAUUGGAAAGAACAGCGCAAUCGCAUAGGUCAGGACUAUUGUACCUAUUUGGACGCCCUUCUAGCCGCUAACAUCCCCCCAGAGAAGGACGUUCACCGUACCGAUCGCACCAUUCCUCUUUUCGCUGGAGAGGAUAUUCCUCAUCCUGAUCCCGACUCACCAUUCGCCGAUGUGGGCACCAACGUGCAUCUAGAGCAGAUGAAAGACAUGCUCCUUACCUACAACGAGUACAAUCCGGAUCUCGGCUAUGUGCAGGGAAUGAGCGAUCUCUUAGCUCCGCUUUAUGCUGUGAUGCAGGAUGACGCUGUCGCCUUUUGGGCAUUCGUGGGCUUUAUGGACCGCAUGGAACGGAACUUCCUCAGGGACCAGUCUGGAAUGCGUUCUCAAUUGCUGGCGCUUGACCAACUUGUGCAGCUGAUGGAUCCUCAACUGUACCUCCAUCUGCAGUCUGCGGACAGCACGAAUUUCUUUUUCUUCUUCCGCAUGCUGCUGGUCUGGUACAAGCGAGAGUUUGACUGGAGUGAUACAUUACGUCUAUGGGAGACCCUCUGGACAGACUAUUUCUCCAGCAGCUUCCAUCUCUUCAUUGCCCUGGCCAUUCUUGAGAAGCAUCGGGAGGUGAUCAUGGAUCACCUCAAGCACUUUGAUGAAGUGUUGAAAUACAUCAACGAGCUCUCUAAUACCAUGGAUCUCGUGCCCCUUCUGACUCGCGCUGAGUCACUGUUCCACCGCUUCGAGCGUGCCGUCCAAGCAAUCGACAAAAAGGACAAUUUCCCCGCCGCUCCAACUGCUCACCAGCGCCGACCAGGAACCAGCAGUCCAGACUCCAAUCUUGCGGGCAAAGGGAAAUCACCACAGCGUCUAACAGUGGGGUCGAGCAGCAGCGUAGCCCCUUCAACAUUACAACAGGCAAUAGAAAAGGACAAACCAAAGGUCAUAUCCCCCGAGCUACGCGAAUUGCUCCGUAAGGAUAUCCCUUGGAAAGGACAACGGGCAUCUUAG